AUGACGAAGAAGGACACCCCCAUAUCGACGUUGAAUGACGACGACAAGACCUCCAGAGUAUUAGAACAAGAAGAUGCUUCCUUUCUCACCAAAGUUCAGCAGCAUCCCUACAUUGUCGCCGGUGCCAGCGUCGCCUUAUUGGUCCAUCUGAGUGCCCUGCUCAGUUUGCCACCCGCUAUUCGAGGCCGCGGAGCUCCGUAUUUACCAACGUCCAAGAAACACGGAACUGCCAUGUUUCAACAACUCCAACAACAGUUGGCCGUUAGUAGACUCCACAAGAGCAAGUCACUGACAUUUGUCGAUUUGGGCAGUGGCGAUGGUCGAUUGGUCUUUCGAGCGGCACGACAAGGUAUUUUUACUACCAGUAUUGGCUACGAAAUCAAUCCCAUUCUGCAUGCCGUUGGUCAGUCGCGACGUUUGUUGCAAGCUCCCAAAUAUUGGCAUUCCACCCAAUUUUAUUGGAGAGAUAUUUGGAAGGUCGAUUUGCAACAGGCCGACGUGGUGGCCGUCUACGGGUUGGGGCCCAUUAUGGAACCACUCGGUGUCAAGUUACGAGACGAAUUAAAACCCGGAUCCAUUGUCGUGUCCAAUGUAUUCUCCAUUCCGGGAUGGAAACCAGAAGGGACCAGUCGACACGGGACUCAUGUGUAUGUGGUGCCAGACGAGUUGAACGAACACAAUAAAAAUAACCACAAGAAGGAUGAAGAAGCACAAAAGCAAUCCACAUCAUGA